AUGCCUCUAUCAAUUGUGCACCGGGUGGUCCACAGGAUGGUGGAUGAGAUGUUGGCUGUGCUGCCCCAGUUUGUCAACUUUCCCCGCACACAGGAGGAGCUCCAGGUGGUUGGGGAUGGCUUUGCUCGCCUGGCUCAUCACCAUGCAUUUCGCAAGGCAGCAGGGGCAAUAGAUGGCUGCCACAUAAGGUUAAAAUGUCCUGGCGGCCCUGAUGGUCACGACUAUAACAACAGGAAGCUCUUUCCCUCAGUUGUGCUUCAGGCCGUCUGUGACCAUCAGGGUCGCUUUAUGGACAUCUUUGUGGGUUACCCAGGAAGUGUGCAUGAUGCACGCAUCCUGAAGAACAGCCCCAUCUACACUAGGGGGACUUACCCUCCACCUGGGUAUUUUCUCCUAGCUGAUGGUGGCUACCCAUGUCUACAGGAACCCCUGGCCCUUAUUACACCAUAUAAGAGGCCAGUGAGAGGCAUGGCAGAGCAACGGUUUAAUUAUCAUCAUUGUAGAGGUCGCACAAUCAUUGAGCGUGCCUUUGGAAUGAUGAAAACCCGCUUCAGGUGCAUCUUUUUAGAAGCACUUGAAGUACAUCCACAGUUUGUCCCUAAGGUUGUCACAGCAUGUGUUGUGUUACACAACAUUUGUGUUGGUGAAGGGGAUGAGCUGGAAGAGGCUGUGGAGGAGGAAAACCAGCCACCUGUGGAGCGGGAUGGUGGGGAGAGCCGGAGCGGGGCAGCCUGGCGGGCCUUUCUCACAGACGAGGUGUCAGCGUUGCAUGAGGCACCUCUUGACCAUAACUACUUUUCCCAGGUGAAUAAGUGUGGAAGAUGA